AUGUGGUUCCUGGGAAAGAUCCGAGAGAGCAUGGAGAACAUUCCCCUAGAGCUUGGACGCUACGUGGGAAAGAGUGAGGAGGAGGAUCUCUCAGCCAAGGCCAGUCUCUCCAACAAGUUGCACAGUAACAUUCUGACUCCGGACAAAAUCCCGGAGUUCUGCUUGCCCCCUCGGCUGUGCAGGAGCCUAGCGGCAGCUGAACCCCACACUGUGAGUCAGAGGCUCACCAGUCGAGACUGUGGUGCUGUUGAUUUCUCUGUGACUCCGCAAGUUAAACAGAUUGAGGAAAUGAAGUUGACAAAAGUCAGUGGGGUGGCCUGGAGGGGUAAGAAGCCACUGCCAUUCUCCGCAGAGGGCUACGGUUUGGCAGGGAUGUAUGAGAGUCCAAACACACGGAGGAAAGAGUCGCUGUUUCACUCCAAGAGCACUGGCUACACACUGGACAGGACCCUACCCAGGCCCACCACAAGGGUGGCGAUAGAGCGAAACCAGUGUAAAGCACCCCCCAUCCAAUUGGGGCUUGAACUAGGGCUCUCCUGUAAGAGCCUGUCGGAGUCAGGCAGCACAGAAAGCGAUACACCCUCCUCAAAUGACUCUUCCCCUCUGGGCUCUCCCCUGCUCAGCCGCUCUUGCUCUGGCCUCUCACUCUCUAUCAUCGGGUUAACCGAGGGUCACCCAGGUCUGCAGUCUGCCUUCAGUGGUACUUUGGGACUGGAAGGAUCCCCCUCAUGCUCUGCGGUUAACCCCAGAGGACGGAGGGGGGCAAUCUCACCCAUUACCUCCACCUGCCUUAUCGAGCCCUGCUUCAGUCCUCCCUUCGUUGUCAACUCCCUGGCGCCCCCUGUCCUGUUCCCGCUGGACGUGCUCCACUGCCAGGAGCGGAUGCAGAGAGAACAUGUCCUCCCACUGCCGGAGGGCCGCGGCAGAGUCCGCCUCUCGGCCGAGCACACAUUGUCGCCCUCUCUUCUGUCCAUGGUAGUGCGAGUGAGGGUGGUGUCCGUGGAGGGUCUGAGGGAUGAAGGGGACCCCAGAGCCCUCCACUGCUGCCUCAGCCUGAGCUUAAGCCCGGGGAAGCUCCAGAGACAGGACAGCGCCACAAUCAGGAACUGCAGGAGCCCCGUGUUCAAUGAGGACUUUUUCUUCACUGAGCUGAGCCUGGACAGCCUGGGUGGCUUGCGGCUCCAACUGAAGGUGUUAGACAAGGCCUCCGGGCUCAGACGGGGCACGGUGCUCGGGAUCAUCAUAACUGAACCCUUGGCCCAGCUACUGCCCCUGUGA